CUCAUUUCGCGGAAGUUCCCCGUUCAUUGCGUCACACGAAAUGUGAAAACAAAAUCAAAAUAAUUAUUCAAAUAGUCGACGAUUAAAUUCAGUGACACGAAGCAGAAGUUCUUCAAAUACUAAAUAUGUCGUCGUUUGUAAAUCACCGAAAUGAAGCGUCGGUGAGCGUUGACCAGACGAGCUCGAAAGAAACUGUAACUUAUUACAGAAUAACAGUUAAAGUUGGCCCUGUGCAGUGGAACGUGUUGCAUCGGUACAAUGACUUUGUAGAGCUCCACGACAAGCUCAUCUCUAACCAUGGAGUGGCCAAGGAGUUAUUGCCCCCAAAGAAAGUUAUACGGAAUAAAACACCAAAGUUCGUGGAACAAAGGCGGGAGGCGUUGGACGUGUAUUUGAAGAACGUUUUCAACUAUUUGAAGUUGUCUAUGCCGUAUGAGUUCGCCCACUUUCUGGACAUGCAUUUGUAUGAUAUAUUUUUCCUGCUGCAGGAUUUGGCCAAGACUUUGUUUUUAGAAGGGGAUAAGUUAUUAGAGAAUGAAAAGUCACAUAAAUUUACGCCAAUGGAGCUGCAUGCAAUAAGUGAGCGUUUAAAAAUGGCCUGCCCACCAACCGAGAAACAGGACCAAAUGUAUGACUUCAGCCACAUCCUCGACUACUGCUCGCAGCUCCGAGCUCUGAACAUCGAGGGCAGCUACGAGAAGCUUGGCACGAGCUCCAUAGUCCCUAAUGAGCUGCAGUUUGACCUGGUGCCGUUUAAGUCUCUGCAGGAGUUGACAAUACUUGGAGUUCCUAUGGGAUGUAUACAGAGUGUUGGUUCCCUCCGAGACACACUUGUGAGUUUAUCAGUACUGGUGGCGAGUGUGGUGUCAAUGAAUGAGUUCUUGCUAGUAGAUAUUCUACAUAAAGACCCUUCCAGCAUAGCGGAUACUGUGAAAUGGAAGAAGCUGUCAGUCGUGAACUUCGCAAGCAACAACAUAAAAGACAUGGACUGGGCGAUCAAGCUCGUCCCGAAGCUGCAGCACCUCAGCCUGUCCUCCAACAAGCUGGCCGAGCUGUGCGACGUGUCCUGUCUCCACGAGCUGCGCGUCCUCAACCUGUCCAUGAACAACUUCCAACUCUGCGAGAGCUGGCACUCCAAGAUAGGUAACAUCGUCAAGAUAGAUCUCUCACAGAACAAGGUCGAAACUCUCCAAGGAUUCUCGAGGUUAUACUCCUUAGAAAGCUUGGAUUUGAGCUGCAACUGCGUCACAGAUGUCGAAGAGGUCCAGCAUAUUUGUAAACUCCCUGUUUUAGAAUAUCUAUGGCUCACCGCUAACCCAGUUGCGUCCACCGUAGAUUACAGAGUAAAGGUUCUAGAACAGUUCAAUACAAGGAUGGAGGAGAUUUGUUUAGACAAUGAAAGGGCAUCUGGGAAAGAGCUGGAUACGGCCAGGGUGCUGCAAGCCUUAAGGGUGGUGAAAGAGGGCAAGACCCCGAGCUUUCUGCAGAACAAUAACACUACACAUUGCUUUAAUAGGAGUUGACAGAUAGGUUUGUAAGUAGAACAAUUUGAUUUGGAAAUAUUUUUAAAAGACAAGAGGUAGUUAUUAAAGAAUAUGAUAGUAGAAUAUGGUAGUUAUUCAAUUACGCCUGGCAUCCGUUGACUCGUUGGGUCGAUGACAUCCGGAAAAUAGCGGGUCACAACUGGAUGAGACAAGCCCAGGAUCGGGAGAAGUGGCGUAUCAGAUGAGAUGCCUUUGCUCAGCAGUGGGCAAUAAAGGGCUGGUAUGAUGAUGAUUAUAAUGAGUUAUUAAAGAACUGCCUCGGCUAGAAAUUAUUUGGACGUUUUAAUAUCCUGUUAAAAUGUUAUAAAUAUAUGAUUUGAUUUUUUUUAUAGACUUAACACCAGAAUUUAAAGGGUGUUUAACUCGAUUGUGUUAUUCCUGAUUUAUUGUUCUUGUAUAAUAUUACGUCACUUAUACCCUGACGCUAAAUCGGUGUAAAUAUUAUAAUCUCUUAAAUGUGCGUGAUAAUAAAUAAUUAAUUAAUUAUAAUAUAAAUGUAUGUACCCUUAAUUUAUAUGAUAUAUAAAUGGCUGACAAGCUAUGAUUCACUGGUUGAAUUAAAUUAAUUAAAUGUAGAUGGCUCUGCCCCAUUUAAAAAACCUAUUAUCCACACAGCGCUAUCUAUAAUAACUGUCAUUUUUGAAACAUUAGUGGGCCAUUUUUUUCAAAGUUGUCCACCCCACUUUUUUUGUAACCUGGGUAUUUUUUACGUGAUUAAUACUCAGAAUCGCGAGCUCUUUCGAUCCUGAUAGGAGAAAAAAAAUGU